AUGCUCUUGCCGGCCACGCUGGAGCGUUGGAAUGCUUCUGGCCCCUCUGCUUUUGACCCCUCUGCUUUUGACCCCUCUGCUUUUGACCCCUCUGAUUUUGACCCCUCUGCUUCUGGCCCCUCUGCUUUUGACCCCUCUGCUUUUGACCCCUCUGCUUUUGACCCCUCUGCUUCUGGCCCCUCUGCUUUUGACCCCUCUACUUCUGACCCCUCGGCUUAUGCCCCCUCUUUUCUGACCCCUCGGCUUUGGAGCCCUCCGCUUGUGAGGCACACUCUUUUCCUUCCAUCCAAAUGCUUUUCUUUCCAACCUGAUCCCUAUCCUCCUUUCCCUGCCUAUCAAUUCCCGUCACUGUGGCCUGCUGUGUGCCCCUGUGCCCCCCUGUGCCCCCCUGUGCAUCCCUGUGCAUCGAUGUGCAUCCCUGUGCAUCGAUGUGCAUCCCUGUGCUCCGCUGUGCAUCCCUGUGCUCCGCUGUGCAUCCCUGUGCUCCGCUGUGCAUCCCUGUGCUCCGCUGUGCAUCCCUGUGCUCCGCUGUCCAUCCCUGUGCCCCCCUGUGUGCAUCCCUGUGCCCCCCUGUGUGCCCCUGCACCCCUGUGCACCCCUGUGCACCCCGGCAUGUCUGGCAGCAACGCGUCGUUCAACCGCCUGUCGGGUGAUAUUCCCUUUGACUUUAACGUCAAGUUAUUCUUCACCCUGUGCGUCACCCCUCUCCCUUGUUUCAUGUGCAUCCCCUCUUCCCUCUCUCCCCUUCAUCCCCUCGGCACCCGUCCUCUCCUCCCUCCUCCAGCAACUACUCGCACAACAGAUUCUCGGGAGCGCUUGACCUCUCCCUCUCUACCCUCACCAACCUCCAGACGCUGUGCGUUGCCCUCACCUUACCACAUCUCUGCCCUCCUACCCUUCCCACCCUUCCCACCUGCCACCUCCGCAUUGCCUUGCCCUUCCCACUUGUCUAUGCACUAUGCAUAUCCCUCUCUGCUGUCCCUCACUCUCGUGCCUCACACCCAUGCUUUCCUUAACCCCCUCCCCUCCCUCCCCCAUUCCCUCUCAAACGGUCCUCUGGACAUGUCCGGCAAUAUCCUCACGGGGUCCAUUCCAGCCAUCAUUUCGCUCCUCACUCGCCUCACUCUGCUGUAUGCCCUUGCUGCUAUGUGCGCUUUUUUAUGUGGGCACUUGCUCUGCUGUCCAUUAUUCUUGCGUGGGUGCAACGCAUGGGUGGUAGAGCAAUGUGGAGUGAAGAAAUUCAUUUUCACACUCCUUUCCGCCCCCCUUUUCCACAAUUGUCUCUCUCCUCGCGUGCACCCCUCUCCCUGCCCUCACUCCACUCCUUACCUCCGCACCUCUCCCUGCCCACAUUCCACUCCCCACCACUGCAUUCAAUGGUCCACCGCCCAUGUGGCCGCCCUCCUCUCCUGCAGCGACCUUUCUUCCAACCAGUUCACUGGCAUCGUGCCGCCAGCUGUCAGCAACCCCACUGACCUCGUCAGCAUCAACCUGGCGCGCAACCUGCUGCAGGGCUCCAUUCCCCGGGCCCUCUCCCGCCUCUCCUCCCUCACCUACCUGUGCGCCCUCCUCUCCCUUGCUCGUCGCUGCUCCUUCUCUGACAUCUCAGCCAACGUACUGAAUGGCUCUGUGCCGCCCUUCUUUGGUCGCAUGCCCAACAUGACCCACCUGUAUGGCAUGACUCACCUGUAUGGCAUGACUCACCUGUAUGGCAUGACUCACCUGUAUGGCAUCACUCACCUGUAUGGCAUGACUCACCUGUAUGGCAUGACUCACCUGUAUGGCAUGACUCACCUGUAUGGCAUGACUCACCUGUAUGGCAUGACUCACCUGUAUGGCAUGACCCACCUGUAUGGCAUGACUCACCUGUAUGGCAUGACUCACCUGUAUGGCAUGACUCACCUGUAUGGCAUGACUCACCUGUAUGGCAUGACUCACCUGUAUGGCAUGACCCACCUGUAUGGCAUGACUCACCUGUAUGGCAUGACUCACCUGUAUGGCAUGACCCACCUGUAUGGCAUGACUCACCUGUAUGCCAUGACCCACUUGAAUAUGGCCAUCAACUUUCUCUCCGGGUCGCUGCCUCCCUCCAUCUUCAACCUGCGACGGCUCUCCCACCUGUCAGUCAGCUCUUCCACCUGUCAGUCAGCUCUCCCACCUGUCAGUCAGCUCUCCCACCUGUCAGUCAGCUCUUCCACCUGUCAGUCAGCUCUCCCACCUGUCAGUCAGCUCUCCCACCUGUCAGUCAGCUCUUCCACCUGUCAGUCAGCUCUCCCACCUGUCAGUCAGCUCUCCCACCUGUCAGUCAGCUCUCGCACCUGUCAAUCAGCUCUCCCACCUGUCAGUCAGCUCUCCCACCUGUCAGUCAGCUCUCCCACCUGUCAGUCAGCUCUCCCACCUGUCAGUCAGCUCUCCCACCUGUCAGUCAGCUCUCCCACCUGUCAGUCAGCUCUCCCACCUGUCAGUCAGCUCUCCCACCUGUCAGUCAGCUCUCCCACCUGUCAGUCAGCUCUCCCACCUGUCAGUCAGCUCUCCCACCUGUCAGUCAGCUCUCCCACCUGUCAGUCAGCUCUCCCACCUGUCAGUCAGCUCUCCCACCUGUCAGUCAGCUCUUCCACCUGUCAGUCAGCUCUCCCACCUGUCAGUCAGCUCUCCCACCUGUCAGUCAGCUCUCCCACCUGUCAGUCAGCUCUCCCACCUGUCAGUCAGCUCUCCCACCUGUCAGUCAGCUCUCCCACCUGUCAGUCAGCUCUCCCACCUGUCAGUCAGCUCUCCCACCUGUCAGUCAGCUCUCCCACCUGUCAGUCAGCUCUCCCACCUGUCAGUCAGCUCUCCCACCUGUCAGUCAGCUCUCCCACCUGUCAGUCAGCUCUCCCACCUGUCAGUCAGCUCUCCCACCUGUCAGUCAGCUCUCCCACCUGUCAGUCAGCUCUCCCACCUGUCAGUCAGCUCUCCCACCUGUCAGUCAGCUCUCCCACCUGUCAGUCAGCUCUCCCACCUGUCAGUCAGCUCUCCCACCUGUCAGUCAGCUCUUCCACCUGUCAGUCAGCUCUCCCACCUGUCAGUCAGCUCUCCCACCUGUCAGUCAGCUCUCCCACCUGUCACAACGUGUCUCGCAACCGCCUCUCAGGCCCUCUGCCCAACGCUGUUGCCAGCCCAGCUCUCAUCCUCCGUCGCCUUUUCUUUUCCCGUUUCCGCCCACCCACGUGUCUCUCUCUCCCUUAUACUCCCAUCCAUACUCUCUCCCAUAUCUCUCUCGACACGCUCAACGCGCAUUCAACAUGUUCCCAUGUCCACAGAGACCUCUCAUUCAACACGCUCUCAGGGUCGCUGGAGAGCCGCCAUGUCAAUCUCAAGCGUCUGGUCACUCUGUGA